AUUUGUGCAGGAGUUGGAGAGGAGGAUCAGAGAUGCAGAAAAGGGUGCUCAAAGUCAGUUGGCGGAGAGAUUUCCAGUUGAGUGCAAAAGGGAUGAAGAGACAGGCAGGGCGCGUCAAGGAUUCUGGAAAUUUGGCUGAACACAAGGAAAAGAACAAAGAGAAAGGAUUUGUUAACAAUAAGAUGGAUGGGCAAGCAUUCAGGGGUGAACAUAAAAUUGGAGCUAAUGCAAUACCUCCCAGCCUUUCUACAAUGGCAAAAGCAAAUUUGAUGGAGUCCCCAGACCAUUUGAAGAAAAUGUUGAGAAGACAAGGGAGGAAAAACAGAAACCUAAAGAAAGACGUGAUGACAAACCAAGAGAGAAAAACAAGGAUAAAGAUAGGGAAAAGAAAAGUCAUGGAAAGCAAAAAGACAAGGAAAAAGAGAAGAAAAAGGAAGAGAAGACGAAGGACAAAAGUGAACACAAGAAAAGCCAGGAGGAUAAAUCAAGAGACAUCAAUAAGAAUGACUUUAUUGGUCUUAAUAACAAUAAACUUCCACUUAUAUCCAAGGAAAACAUUGCUGGUACGGUCAACGUGGGAAUUCUCAGAAAGAGGAAGGAUGUUGAAACUAAUGGUUUCCUGCAUGAGAGUGAACUCAGGCCUGCUAAAUUGCUGCGGCCGUCAUCCUCUCUGCAGCCGACACAGAAUGGAAAAAAAUUUGACACUCACCCAAAAGCAGACCUGUUCUCCUCCAGUAAACAGUAAGUUGCUACUGAUAUUAAAGUGGAAAACAAGAAGCACAAGGUGAAUGGUGGUAUAGAAGGCCAGCCAUUAUGCAGUGCUGAGGCAACGGCUUCAUCCAUCAUUCCUGGUGCUGAUCAAAUAGCUGAAGCAUCUAAAAGACCUCCUCAUCCCGAUUCCAAGUACUUAAGCCAGAUACUCUCAGUUCCGAAGGUGGACAAUUGGUCUGGGUUUGAUGACCAGGAAUGGUUGUUGGGAAGCGAAAGAACUCCGGCUAAGAAAGCUGAGACGUGUCCAGAUGAAGUCAAUAAGGAACAUUGGGUGUGGUCUGAAGCUUUGCAAAUAAAGACUGUUGAUGUUUGUGCUCUGCCAUAUGUUAUACCUUAUUGAUGCUAUUAACAUGAUCUGACAUGAUUAGUUUCCAAGGACGAAGCUCUGUCAGCUGUGCAGGAGCAAGCAUCUGGCUUCUAGAGGCCCGUACUCGGUUUUGAUUGGGUUCUUUCUCACCCCUCUAGCCCUGGUGGUCUUGCUGGUGGCAGUUUGUUCUGACAUUGUUUCAAAAAUCGUGAUCGCGGCUUCUUCCUAUACCUAUGAAUUCACAUCAAACCCAAAAAAUGAUACGUUGGAAGAAUCUGUCAGGUCUUUAUAAUAUCAAUAGGUUGAUUGUUUUGCUCCUGUAACUUCCCAAAGGAAAAGGAGGGGCAACUUAUUGCCAUAUAUCUGAUAACUCCACAGAUGGAACGGCGGGAUAGUGUGUCUAGGAAGACGCAUAAGCUUAUGCAAGUUUAUUCUAUUUGCUUAAAAGCUUAGAUGCUCUUUCUAAUUGAGUGUAAAAGAACUAGCUUUUGUGGUCUUUACAACUCCACAAUUUUGAUUUGUAACAUAGUAUUACUAUAGUUGUAAGAUAGAUGGGAUAAAAAGCACAAACAAAAGAAAAGAGGUAGUUGCAUUCAUUUGAUUCACUGA